ACCAGCCUGCGGGAUCUCUCCUUCUCACAGUCACAGCUGAGAGAGAGGGCAGAAUGAUUUAAUGAAGGAAGAGGGGGAUUAUAUGAUAUAUGCAGGUCAACAUCUGCCUCAGAAGGAUCCAAACACGAGGAGAAAAUACAAAUCACAGCUCUGCUCAUUCUUUGGUGCUUCAGUUCCUGCUAUUUGUGUUCUGUUAGAUUCUCGUCUGCAGGGGGCGUGCUGGUGGAGCUGUCUGCUUUUGAAUGGGGGUGUGCUCUGUUCCCAUCAGCACUGGUGAGCAGCAGCUGAGCGCUUCCCAUCAUUUCUCUGUAAAACCUGCCGGAGAAAAACUCGCUUAGCUGCAGCUGAUACCCGAGCAAUCAUGUUCUGCAGACGGGCAUGGCAGAGAGUCGGGCCGCUAGCACGGAGGUCUUUCAAGCCGACACCCAGAUACGCUCCGGUGCGACACAUGGCCUUCGGAGUUCCUGGAGGCUCCACCAACAUGACGUACUUUGUUUUAUGUGGCGGCGGCCUCACUGCUGCAGUCGUUUAUGCAUACAAGACGGUCAACGAUGAUACCGAGCGUUACGAGGAAAGACUCGCCAACAUGGGCUCCAUGGCGAAGGCUUCUUCAGCAAAGGCAGCACCAGAGGCAGCUCCACCUGCAGUUGAGCCUGCACCGGUGGAGGAGGAAGCCCCUGCUGCUGAGGUCAUCGCUGAGUCGGCCCCUGCUACUGCUGCUGCAGAACCUGUAGGAGAGACAGCUGCUGAACCUGUUGUGGAAGCUUCGUCUGAAGAAGCAGAAGCCGCCGCCGCCGUCUCUGAGGCGGUCGUUCCAGAGGCAGCAGCUGAGACGGCAGCUGGGCCAGCAGAGACAGAGGACGCCGCUCCACCUGUGGAGGCAGAGGUGGUUGCUGAAGCGGCUGUGGAAGCCCCAGCAGAGGAACCAGUGGCAGAAAACACUGAGUCCGCACCAGAGCUGCUCACAGAUGUUAAGCUCUUGACCACCUCAACAGCUGAAAUUGCCGCAGCUUCUGUUGGUGAGAAGGAUCCGAUGGAGACUGUCAAACAAACUGAAGGUGAAGGAAAGGGACACGAGGUGCUUGAAACGGAAGCUUUGGAAGAAGCCUCAGAGGCAGUGGCCAAGGAAGCAUCUGAAGAGGGAGCAGUUGUAGAAGGUGAGGAGGAGGUGAAUUCUGGAGAGGGUGAGAAAAGUGCAGAAGAUGCUCAGACUCCAGCUGCUGAAGAAGUGAUAACGGAGGUUACAUCUGCUCUGGCUGCAGCUGUGGACGAGGAGGCAGCGGCUGGAUCUUAUUCUGAGGAAACAACAUCUUCAAUGCCCACUGGGCACGAGGCAGAGGCUGAAGUUCAACCUGCUCCUGAGGAGGCCAUCGCUGCUGAAGAUGCUGCUUCUGAUGAGGCUGUCUCCUCUGAAGAUGCUGCUCCUGCUGAGGAGGCCACAGUCACCAGUGAAGCUGCCCCACUGGAUGAGAUUUCACCAGCUGACCAGGCAGCAGCUGAAACAUCUGCAGAGGAGACAGCUGAAGCUGCUGUCAGCACGACUCAGCUGGCAGCAGCCUCCGCUGGAGCGGACCUAAAGGUUCUUUCAGUUGCAGAAGCAGAGCCUACAUCAGGAGCUCCUGUGCAUGAGGAGAAACCCUGCCACUCCUGCCAUUCUGCUCCCUCAGCAGGAGAGGAGGUGGCGCCACCUGCUGCUGUAGGAGAGGAGCUGAUCACUGAUGGUGCUGUGGAUACUUCACAAGAAGCCAAGGAUGCAGCCUCAGCACAAAAGACAAAGGAGUCUAACUGGACUGUAAAACGCUGCUCAGUCAUGUAAUUUUACAGUUAAGAAGCCAUGGAGGCGACGGUGGUGGUGAUAGCCCAGUCGUGACGGGACAGACAGUGUGCCUUCCACAACACUCGCCUAUCUGUCAACCAAGCCAGAGCGACCGGCAGAAAACAAAAAACAUGAAUAGAGGUAGUCGCAGGUGUAACCGACUCAUACGUCCUUUCUGAAAUGUUAUCAGAGUUGUCUUCUGUAUUAGUGCUUGUGAGGUGAUUCCUAUCAUGUCCUCUAGGUGCCACUGUUGCAAAACCUUUCAUGAUCAGCUGAGGCUUCUUUAAAUCUUUCAGUAGGCAGUGGAAGUGGGUUACUGUAAUACUGUGGUGUAUUUUAGCACUGUGAUAGACCACUUUUAUAGAUAAUAAGGAUGUGGACAAGAAUUUUCAAUGGGAGUGUCACCUCAGUGUGAUUUACCUGCUCAUAUCAGCUCACAUACAUAUAAUAACUUUAUUUCAGAACCAGAGUUACAAAGUUCUUCAAAAUAUUUACAAAAAACAAUCUUAAAACAGUAGAAAGUUUAUAAAAUGAGAACUGCACAAAUAGAUUUAUAAAGGUGAGGAAAAGCAUCAGGUUCAAUAACAGAUAACAAAAUCCAAAAGAGCAAAUACACAGAGAACUAAAGAGGGAAAUCACAGACAAUGAAGUGAAGAGUAGGGGCACCUUCAGAAUUUUUUUUCAUAGGGGUGGCCAUAUGGGGGCCACUAAAAUUAUUGGGAAUUUCCAGUUUUAUUAUGCUGUUGUCAAAUAUUGGUUACUUAAAAAAAUGGGAAGAGAAGAGAAGAGAAGGGCAGGACUAUUUAUACACCUGGGGCUAACCGGUUUUGUGUUACUCUAACGAAAUGGUACUAAAACAGGAGAAUGAGACACAGGUGAAAGUAAUCAGGAUAUUCAGACAGAUGAGUAAAACCCAAAACAAACUAUCAAAAUAAAAUAAAAAACAAUCCACAAGACAGGAAGAAACACUGAGGGAAGUAAGCAUGUGGGAAAUCCAUCUAUCGAUCCAUUUGAGUGUGAGUUAUCGUGCUUGUUGUUACAGGCUGGUUAGUUCUUUUGCAACACAGUGAGAGCUUGGUCCGUAUUGCCAAUAAUACGGUAGGUUGGAUUUAGUCCUGAUCACAGUUUGACAGCCAGUGCUGUCCUCUGUCUGGGAUUCCUAAUUUUUAUGGACAGGAUUUCUGUGUGUAGGCAAGCACUGGGAAGUCUCCAGUUUUGUGGCCGCUCGAUCUUAAGUGCUUUGAGUGCUCAAGCAGAGUAGAAAAGUGCUAUAUAAGAAUCAGUCUAUUUACCAUCUCAUAUCUGUUUUUUAUGGAUGCUGUGGUUCUGUUGGCUUCAUCAGGUGACGACCUCCAGCUCGCACUGGGGUGGUUCGCAGCUGAGUUUGAAGCAAUGAGAAUGAAAAUGAUCUCCUCUGAGCCUGGGUGGAGUGCUCACUCUGGGUGAGAGAUGAGUUGUUGUGCCAAGUGAAAGAGUUUAAGUAUCUCGGGGUCUUGUUCACAAGUGAAACGAACAGGAGACUGACAAACAGAUCAGUGUUGCAUCUGCAGUGCGGACACUGUACCGGUCUGUUGUGGUGAAGAAAGAGCUGAGCAUGAAAAUAAAGCUGUCCAUUUACUAGUUACCAACCUUACCUAUGGUCACAAGCUCAAGGUAGUGAAUACAAUGAUGUAAUCUCAAAUACAAGUAAUGGAAAUUCCUUUAACUUAGAAAUAGGGUGAGGAGCUCAGUUAUUUAUGAGUGUCUUACAUUGGAGCCGCUACCCCUCAGCAUUGAAAGGAGCCAGCUGAAGUGAUUCAAGCGUCUGACUACGAUACUUCCUGGGUGCCCUCUGGGGGAGGGCAGACCCAGCACACGCUGGAGAGAUUAUAUCGCUCAGCUGGCUUGGACACAUCUUGCUGUCGCCAUAAAUAAGGCGGAGGAGGUGCCUGGGUAGAGGGAGGUCUGGGCUUCUCUGCGUAAGCUGCUCCCCCAUGAUCCAAACCCAGAUAAGUGGCAGAAGAUGGAUGGAUGGAUGGAUGGAUGACAAUCUUUUUCUCAUAAUACAAAGGCAGGUACUUACACGACUGUCUUAUUAUCCAUACAUAUUAGAAUUUUCUAGGUUUUAGUCUCCCUCUACAACUGCAAUAAAUAAAAAAUAAGUGGGGUUUAAUUUACUCAAAGGAAAAAAGAAUUUUGUUUGUCAAAUGGCAGAAAAAUAUUGUUGUUGUUUAUAUUUUAGCUUCUGCAACAAAAGUUUGCUUUAAGUGGUUUAAAUAUUAAGUAUGUGAACAUCAGCGCUUCCAGUUAUGUAAGAGUGACACAAAAGCUUUAUUUUACAUACAGAAAUAAACAUCUUAUUGAUGCACUUUUCCUUCUUUUCUGAUACCACUAGCACCUAAAAUAGUUUAGAAAAAAGUGUUGAAAGGUUAAACACACAAACACAGACACAUAUACACACAUACCGAGGUGAAAAAUACCUGAAGCAAGAAAAUAUCCGGUAAACACACUUCCACAUCCAUACCAACACCUGUCUAUACUUACACAAAUCUCCAUUUAUGUGCAGACUGGGUAAGAGAAUAAGAGAAAAUGAUUGUAGACAUAUAGAUUGAAACUUUGUUUAAUAUAUCUGCAUAUUAAACAGUAACUUUAAUUAGCUUGUAAUUAGCAAAUUGCUCUGCAAAUGACUUCUCUGUUGUCUGAUAAUGUGCUCAAAUUUUAAAUAAAGUGAUGUAAUAACUCAUGA